CAAUAAGGAGAGGGGGUAACGAAAGGUUAACGGAAGAAAUCUCGAAAGGACUGAGUGGCGGCUGCCAUGGCGGAACCAAGACGACUGAGGGGUCAUAAAGCGGCCGCCACCUACUGUAUCGCUUCCCGAACCCGCCCUGGCCUCAUUGCUACUGCAGCUGAGGAUGGCAAUGUUUGCUGGUUUGAUAUGCGGUGCAAGGAUAUGGCUUUUAAGAUGGAUGUUGGCAAUGAUGAUCCCAUUUCUUCAAUCUGUUUUAAGCCAGGCAAUGAAGAUAUAAUUUAUGUAUCCUCAGGAAAUGAAGUCAAGUCCUUUGAAGUGAAUUUGGGCAAGGCAUCUAAACCGUUAGAGAGCUACAAUUACAACAAGGAUGAGAUAAAUCAGAUUGUUUGCACUCCAAAUUCAUCUUUCCUUGCCUCUGCAGAUGAUAGUGGUGACGUUAAGGUUAUUGACAUCCGUCAACAAUGCCUUUAUAGAACUCUGAGAGCUGGCCAUACAAGUAUCUGUAGCAGUGUUCAAUUUGUUCCUUGGAGACCUUGGGAAGUAAUUACUGGCGGCCUUGAUUCAAAGCUUGUGGUAUGGGACUUCUCAAAGGGACGACCUAAGAAGAUUGUGGACUUCGGCAUGCCCGAUGUGAGAAAUAAAGAUAACGCGGGGCAGUGUUUGAACCCUGCUUUUGUCCAUGCCUUGGCACUUCCUGAAGCUGAUAUGGUAGAAAAGCUCGGGAAGGUUUGUGUUGUUGCCAGGGGCGAUGGUGUUGUUGAUAUCUUAAAUAUUGAAUCGGAGUUGAAUUCUUGUAAAUCAAAAAGUUCAACUAAAGCCAAGAAAGGUUCUCAAGCGUCUAAAGCCACUGAUUCAUCCACUGGUUCUGGACUUGACAUUCAAAAUGGAGGAAGCUUGCGACUGGAUCACGCUUUGGGAGGGCACACUGCUGCAGUGUCCUGUGUAUCAUUUUCAUCAUUCGGGGAGAAGGGGAAGUUCAUAAUUUCUGGCGGAAAUGACAAACAAGUGAGCGUUUGGGAUUGGUCAAGACCUGUUGUUACCGACGGAACAAGCACCAGUACAGAUGUUUUACGUUCCAAAUUAAAUCUAAGCAGAAAGGUCAAUUGGCUCUGCACCACGCCUACCGAUUCCGAUAACCUAGUUGUCUGCGAUACAUCCAAAGUAGUUAAGCAAAAUUGCCAAGUUUUCUUUGAUAAAGAAAAUGACAUUGCUUCCCCUCUGAAAAAUGCCAUCACACCAAACCCCCCACCCCACUCCCCUCCAACGACCACCCCCACCACCUGCAUUACCAUCUUUAUAUUCAUGCAAACUUUGGGAGGGUGGCAGCAGAGACUGCAAGGGAAGCCCAUCACCAAAAUGAUGCAGUCUGGGGUUCCUUCGUGCUCGGUUUGCGGUGAGCAGAUUGGAUUGGCAUCAAAUGGUGAAGUCUUUGUGGCUUGCCAUGAGUGCAACUACCCUCUGUGCAAGUCUUGUGUGGAGUAUGAGCUGAAGGAAGGGCGCAACGCCUGCAUGCGCUGUGGCACUCCUUAUGAUGAGAACUCUGCAAUGGCUGAUGGAGAAAGAGAGGAAUCAGGCAACCAUACUACAAUGGCUGCUCAGCUCAAUAACAGUGAAGAUCUUGGACUUCAUGCUAGAAACAUUAGCAGUGUUUCCACUAUGGACAGUGAAUACAAUGGUGAAUCGGGGAACCCGAUAUGGAAGAACAGAGUGGAGAGCUGGAAAGAGAAGAAAAACAAGAAGAAAAAGCCAGAAAAGAAGGCUGCAAAAGAAGAAGAAAUCCCAGCAGAGCAGCAGAUGGAAGAAAAGCCACAGUCUGCAGAUGCUGCAGAGACACUUUCAGCAGUGAUUCCAAUCCCAAAGUCCCAACUCGCGCCAUACAGAACUGUCAUCAUUAUGCGGCUCGUAAUCCUUUCCCUCUUCAUCCACUAUAGAGUCACAAAUCCAGUUGAGAGUGCUUAUCCUCUGUGGCUUACUUCUGUCAUCUGCGAGAUCUGGUUCGCGUUUUCUUGGGUGUUGGAUCAGUUCCCUAAAUGGGCUCCCAUCAACCGAGAGACAUACGUUGACAGGCUCUCUGCUUGGUUCGAAAGAGAGGGCGAGCCCAACGCGCUGGCUCCUGUGGAUUUCUUUGUCAGUACGGUGGAUCCCUUGAAAGAACCACCUCUGAUCACUGCCAACACUGUUCUGUCAAUUCUUGCUGUCGAUUAUCCUGUCGAAAAGGUCUCGUGCUAUGUCUCUGAUGAUGGUGCUGCCAUGCUGACAUUUGAGUCUCUGGCUGAAACUGCUGAAUUUGCAAGGAAAUGGGUGCCAUUCUGUAAAAAGUUUGCGAUUGAGCCACGAGCACCCGAGUUCUACUUCUCCCAGAAGAUUGAUUACCUGAAGGACAAAGUGCAGCCUUCUUUUGUCAAGGAAAGAAGAGCAAUUAAGAGAGAAUAUGAAGAGUACAAAGUGAGGAUAAAUGCUUUAGUUGCCAAGGCUCAGAAAACACCAGAAGAUGGUUGGACCAUGGCAGAUGGAACACCAUGGCCAGGAAAUAAUACAAGGGACCACCCUGGCAUGAUUCAGGUUUUCUUAGGAAACACUGGUGCCCAUGACAUAGAAGGAAAUGAACUCCCUAGGCUGGUUUAUGUAUCCAGAGAGAAGAGGCCAGGAUAUCAACACCACAAAAAGGCUGGUGCAGAAAAUGCUCUGGUUAGGGUGUCUGCAAUUCUUACAAAUGCACCCUACAUUCUCAAUCUUGAUUGUGAUCACUACGUUAACAACAGCAAGGCCAUUCGGGAAGCAAUGUGUUUCCUGAUGGAUCCACAAGUUGGGCGAGAUGUAUGCUAUGUGCAGUUCCCUCAGAGAUUCGACGGCAUUGACAAGAGCGACAGAUAUGCCAACAGGAACGUCGUGUUCUUUGAUGUUAACAUGAAAGGGUUGGAUGGCAUCCAAGGGCCGGUUUAUGUGGGAACCGGAUGUGUUUUCAACAGGCAAGCACUUUAUGGUUAUAGCCCUCCAAACAUGCCCAGAUUAUCCAAAUCUUCAUCGUCUUGUUCGUUUGGAAGCUGCUGCUGUUGCUGCCGUGGCAAGAAGCCAGCAAAAGAGAAGGAUCCCUCAGAGCUUUACCGCGAUGCCAAGAGGGAAGAUCUCAAUGCUGCCAUCUUUAAUCUAAAGGAAAUUGAGAGUUAUGAUGAGUAUGAGAGGUCAUUACUCAUCUCUCAGAUGAGCUUUGAGAAAACCUUCGGCAUAUCUUCCGUUUUCAUUGAGUCCACAUUAAUGGAGAAUGGAGGAGUGCCUGAUUCUGCAGAUCCUUCUACUCUCAUCAACGAAGCAAUUCAUGUCAUCAGCAUUGGCUAUGAAGAAAAGACUGCAUGGGGUAAAGAGAUUGGGUGGAUAUAUGGAUCAGUGACUGAAGAUAUCUUGUCGGGGUUCAAGAUGCAUUGCCGAGGAUGGAGAUCAAUUUACUGCAUGCCAGUAAGGCCUGCAUUCAAGGGAUCAGCACCAAUCAACUUGUCCGACAGGUUGCACCAGGUUCUUCGAUGGGCUCUAGGAUCUGUCGAGAUUUUCUUCAGCAGACAUUGUCCUCUCUGGUAUGGAUUUGGCGGCGGCCGCCUUAAAUGGCUUCAAAGGCUCGCCUAUAUCAACACCAUUGUCUACCCUUUCACCUCCAUUCCCCUCGUUGCAUACUGCUCUUUGCCUGCCAUUUGCCUCCUCACCGGAAAAUUCAUCAUCCCAACGCUAUCGAACCUUGCAAGUGCUCUGUUUCUUGGGCUGUUUAUGGCCAUCAUCGUGACAAGCAUCCUGGAGUUGCGGUGGAGCGGCGUGAGCAUAGAGGACUGGUGGCGCAACGAGCAGUUCUGGGUCAUCGGCGGCGUUUCAGCCCACCUCUUCGCCGUCUUCCAAGGAAUCCUCAAAAUGAUUGCGGGGAUAGACACCAACUUCACCGUCACGGCCAAAGCCGCAGACGACACAGAGUUCGGGGAGCUCUACAUCAUCAAGUGGACCACCGUCUUAAUCCCUCCGACCACAAUUCUCAUCGUCAACCUCGUCGGAGUUGUCGCCGGCUUCUCCGACGCCCUCAACAGCGGCUACGAGUCCUGGGGCCCACUGUUCGGCAAAGUUUUCUUCUCGUUCUGGGUCAUCUUCCAUCUCUACCCGUUCCUGAAAGGUCUCAUGGGUCGCCAGAAUCGCACCCCCACCAUUGUUGUGCUUUGGUCGGUGCUUUUGGCGUCGGUUUUCUCGCUCAUUUGGGUGAAGAUCAAUCCGUUUGUUGCCAAGAAUGACGCUUCAACCUUGGCUCAGAGCUGCAUUUCCAUUGACUGUAAUUGAGCUCUGCAGAAGAAAUUUUAUCAUGGUUUUGUGCUGGGAUGACAGCCUAAUUAGAUCUUCAUGCUCUGCUGUCAGUUUUUCUACUUGCUGUUUUUGUGUUUGAUUAGCAUAAAACCACCAUGAAUUGUGUUGACCAUGCAAAUGUUUCUUGUUUGCUUUUGAGUUUGGUGGAAUUUAAUGUACAAAAUACAAAAGGAAAUGAGAAUUUUGUGAAAUGAAAAAAAAAAAAAUACUUGAUUUAUAAAAGUGAAAUAAUAGCUUUUCAACUUUUGGUCAAA